UGUUAAUUUUUAUCGUAAAAUACGAGUGCACGAUAUAUUCUCGACGUUCGUAUAUGCAGUUCGAAAUGCAGAAAAAGACCCUACUCGAAGAUCGCCGAUCAGUCUUCUUCGAGUGUUCGACGUGUCUGCGCCGUUCUUGGAAAAACGUGGGCGCGCGUGACGAAAUGACGAAUAACAACAAGUGUAAUUCGUCCGUCGAGUUCGGCGCUACGACCGAUGGCGAGGAUGCUAAGGGAAGAUUCUUCGAGGAAAAAACAAUGCGGAGGAUCAAGUCGAUCGCCGGUCACGCGGGUCUGCUAACCGCUCUGAUGCUUUACACCGCGAUCGGCGGACUGGUGUUCCGGCAGAUUGAACUUCCGGCGGAGCUCAGCCGACUCGAACAUUUACGCGCAAAAUUACGCACGCAACGAUAUCGUUUUGUUGAGUCCAUUUCCAACAAUACGGACGUCUUCAAUUUGCGAACCUUGGUAAGCGUGAAAUUGCGCACCUACGAAGAAGCUGUUCAGGAAGCGGCUGAGGCUGGGCUCUUGGUCAGUUUUGUAACGGAUAUCAUAAAUCAGGAUGUUCACGCUGAAUCGGAUCUGGCACCCAUCGUAACCGAAAGGUGGAAUGUUUUCCAAGCAAUUUUUUUUGCCAGCACCGUUCUCACUACAAUUGGAUACGGUGAUGUUGUGCCCUCGACUAAUUGGGGGAGGAUUUUCUGUAUUUUCUUUGCUCUCGUCGGUAUACCUUUCACCCUGAUCGUGAUUGCCGAUUUGGGAAAGCUGUUCGCAGAAGGAGUGGUACAUAUUGCGUUGACGUUAAAAUUGAAACUUCCAUUUCGCGCGAAACUCUCGUGCGUUCCGACAAAUGUAACUGGUCGACGAUCGCUCGGCGCCUGUGCCGCUAUUGUGUUACUCUUCCUAUAUCUCGCUUGCGGGGCUGGUAUGUUUAUGCUGUGGGAGGACGAUUGGGACUUUUUCGAUGGAUUUUAUUUUUGCUUCGUAACGAUGACCACCAUAGGAUUUGGUGAUCUUGUGCCGAAGAAGCCCAAAUACACUUUAUUGUGUACUUUAUACAUCUUGGUCGGCUUGGCGCUGACUGGCACCAUCAUUGAACUCGUCAGACGACAAUAUGCUCAAUCUUGGAGAAGACUGCAAAAACUAAGUGGUCCAUUAGCUGAAACUCUUAGGAAACUCGGCGAACAAGCGGGCGGUGACAUGUCCGCGCUACAUUCUGAUCUAAGGAAAGUACUAACUGUUAUAUCUAUGCCGCGACUGCGAUGGGCUACUUCCAUUGAUCAUGAUGUCACGAUGAAGGAUCAGGAUUGGGAGGAAGCUGUGGAAGCGGUAUUACGCGACAUCGCCGCAUCCGCGACAAUGCCGCCGCCCAAAAAGCCGAUCGUACAAAUUGUCGUUUACGAAUCUAACGUUUAACGCAUUCUCAAGAAUAGGAUAU